AUUGCACCAGCAUCAUGGAGGAGGUAGCGUCGUCCGAAACGUUUUCUCCGCAGAUCCACGUGCAGGGUUUUGUUGAUGAAGCCAUUAAGACUUUAGAUGUGAGUGACUUGUACAGCAAAAGAGAAAUCUUGAAGUCCGUCACUUAUGCAGAGGCCAUGAAUGUAUCCAUAGAGACUGUAGAUGAGCUGAAGUCGGUUUGUAGCACACAGACACUGAAGUGCUCCCUAGAGGACAUUGACAGAGAUGCAGCAGAGGUGCCAACAGGAACAGAGUUGGUCACUUUGGGGUUAAGAAAGAGAUACCUGGACUCAAAACCCAACAUCAACAAGAACUGCAAGUUCACAGUGUUGUCCUGGAACCAGGAGCAUGCCUAUCACAAUGUGAAGCCGCCCCCGGAGAGAGAGGUCAAACCACAGUGUGCCGUCCUGCAGGUGGCCGUGUUCCACCCGACUAAGAGGACCAUGCGCAGGCGGCCUGGGUCAAGAAUGAGGGUUGCUCAGGAGUACAGAGUUCUAGGUUAUCAGAAACUAACUGAUCUGCGAGAUGCCAUCACCUGUAUAGCAGACCAUGCCAUUGCAGGGGAAUACAGUGAGCGUCCCUGCAAUGUUCCAGACAUCAGGGCUAAGGAUAUCUACAAGUCAGCCUACUUCUUCAUAGAGAAUGUCUUCUACAAUGACCUGAGAUUUGAAGACAGCAGGGACCUUAGUAGGGAAGUUCGUGAAUGGAAGCAGAACAAGCAUGAGGGAAAGGGAUCUUAUACAACUAAAAACAUGGAAGAUGUCAAGUUCAACGACCUCCACAUCAGACUGGGUUACCCUUAUCUGUACUGUCACCAGGGGAACUGUGAACACCUCAUCAUAUUCAAGGACCUCAGGAUGUUCCAUACAGAUGACUGUAGAGAUGAGGGCCUGUAUCCCCUGAUGGUGGACAGGUACCGCUUCAGGAGACAGAUGUGUCGAGUCUGCUCCACCUUCACAGCCAAGUGGGUGACCUAUGAUGAUCAGCUGGCAGAGGAGAGCCCCUGCUUUUUCUGUGAUCUUUGCUUCAAAGCCCUACAUUACAGCAAGGACCUAACCAAACUGGCAGAGUUUGAAGCAUAUCCAUAUGUGGACAUGGGAAUAUUCAAUCUAGCUACAGCUUAGAAAAAGCAUGUCUUUACUGUUUCAGUAACAGUAUAGUGCAUCUGUAUUUCAGUGGCUGUUUUCUCAUUGUGAAUUGCCUACCAGUGUUAACUCAGAAGUUGAGGGACCCAUGUCCCAUUAGGAUUACCUGUUCCUGAAUUUUUUCUUUUUCGGUGUACCUACAAUACCUACAAUACAAGUAUUUUAUGCUUCCUUCCCUGGAAGUGGUCUUAGUGGGAUACUUUUAAUUCAUACAGAUCUGGUAUGCUUCUUCCUUUUAUUAUCAGAGUAACAGUUACUUAUACAUGAAUCUAUGUUGUGGAAAUAAAAACUCAAGACAAGAAUUGAAUCAAGCACUUUACUAAUGCAAAAGCCAUGCAACACCUUAGCAAAAGAAAGAUACUCUUACUACUUUAAUGUGUGAUAAAUUCAUCUCAAUAAUACUGAUGGUAGUUUGCCCAUUCCACACUGAUUAUGCAUCACAUGAAAUGGCAACUUUAAUCAGCUUCAUGUUCGUUGGCACCUACAUGGGAGAGGAAGACCAUUCACUGAUAUGGCAUUGAUUCAGCAGAGCAUCAUCUACUUGACACCUGAUGAAACAAUCUCCAAGCAGAUAUUGGGAUGAAACAAAGUUUUCUGAUGACUGGUCUUCUCUGACAGGCAUGGGUCACCACAAUUUUUACCCAAACAUCUGCUUGGAGAUUAAAGUUUCAAUAAAUAGUUUGUCAGAAGCUUGGAUAUUUAUAAUAUUAUCAACCAUCACUAUACAGGUUCAUGCAACAGAUGUGCUUCACCUUUCU